AUGGCUUCUAGUAAGUCCUCCAAAGAGAGGCGUCUUUCAGUCAUGAGCUUCUUUUCAAAUCGUUCCAACCGUCUUUCUGCACCUUCUUUGCCCGCUUCCCCCCUAUCCCCCGGCGACCCUUGCAACAGUGAAGACAAGGAGAACAAGGAGCCGUUGCCGCAGCCGUCGCAGCCCCGAGAUCACCAGCGCCAGAUGCUGCAGGUGCAGCAGGUGCAGCAGGUGCAACAACAGCAGCAUCAAACUCAGCAGCAGCACCGGCAGCAGCACCGGCAUCAGCAUCAGCAUCAGCAUCAACACCACCAGCACCAGCAGCCGCAGCACCAGCAGCCGCCGCAACAACCACCAAGACCCCGGUUGCGCCCACGGCCCGUGUCGUCCGUGUUCCUUGUCCCGCGGGAUGGGGAAUUCGACGGCAGCGUCAGUCCUAAGUCGUUUGGUCGCACAGAUACGAGCCUGAGCGUACCACAGGGGCGGCCCCGGCUGCAGGAGCUGCAGCAAAAGGAUGAAUACGAUGCGCUGCAGGAGCACAUUAGGCGGUCGCACCAGCGUGCCUCUACCCAGCCAGUGCUUGGAGAGACUGCGAGCACGCUGACCGACAGCAGCGGCAGCAUCAGCAGCACCACCACCGCCGCCAGUUCCCCCCCGGUGGCGGACAAGCAGCGGAAUUUCAAACGCUUGUCCCUAACUGCCUGGCCCCCCAAACAGGCGUCACCUACACUAAAAUCCUUCUUCUCGACACGCAAGACUAAAUCGCCAGCUACAGAGUUGCCUCCUCCAGAUCGAACGGCACCCCCGGUACCCUCCGAUCGAGGUCCUCACACCUCUCGACUGUCGAUAAGCCGGAAGCCUGUUCCCUCUCACCCCGGUGAUGAUCGCUCGGUUUCACCUGCCCACCGUAAAUCCCAGUCUCACUCGGAAGCACCCGCCGCCGCCGGCCAUCUCGACUUUUCUUCGCCAAAGCUCCCGCCUCCCCUUGCCCCGGCUCCGGAUGCCGGCAACGCCAUCCCACCCCACCAAAAUACAGACGCAGAGCGCAAGCAUCCCGACGCUCGCAUGAUGCGCAACUUUAGUCACAAGGCCGCCAAAUCGUCAGACCCGCCGCCGCCACCACCACCCAAAGAUAACUCUUUGGCCGGCGGUAUGACGCAACCGCCGUCUGAUUCCCCUCCCGGCUCAGACAUUAGUGCACCGCGUCAACGGCAGACCGAAUCGGAAGCACGGGGGAAGCAGCAGAAGAGGCUACAACCCCGCCCCCGUCAGGUAUCUCCUUCGCCCGAACCGCAUCGCGGGAGGAGGAGUGUUUCGGCACAUCCGUCUCCAGGGUCCAAGAUCGUCAAGGCAAGGACUGAGGGCCCGCAAAGCAUACAGGCCUCCGCGCCAGCGACAUCCAGGCCUCACUCGGCAAAUUCUAGGGCUCAAUCGGCACAUUCCAGCGAGAGAAAGCCCGCAUCUGGGCGCAGUCCUAGUCGCGGAAGGCUCCGAAAAAGCUGGCUUUCCGGUGGUCGUGGUAAGGAGGCCUCCGACAAUGGACCUGCAGCCCAAGGUUCGAACAGCGCGGCUUGGAUCCUCGGCCCUGAAGGCAAGGCUGAGUAUGGGACCAGCUAUCUGUCAAAUGGUGAAAAGGUACCGGAGCUAUGGAAUGAGUCGGGUGAUGUCAUGGUGUUCCUGCUCCCCAGGGACAGUGGUGCAGGACCUAGCUUCAGACUUCCUGGUGGAAUUUUCACAGACUCGAGCGUGUUCGAUGACCUGCUGCGAGCGGAGAUGACCUCGUCGCCUGCCGGCAACCGAGACCGGAUUAACAGCUUCAGUGGACGGGAUAGUCUGACUGCCGAAGAUGCUCGGCGCAAUGUGCAAACGACGCCCAGUCCGCCCCCCGGUGGCGACGGCACUGGAGUAUUGCGACUUUUCCUCACCGAGACGCCAACUUGGCCCAGGCCGGCCCAGGGCCCGCCGCCGCUUGAGCGUCUGAUCGACAUUCGAAAUCUCUUUGCCUUCCUGACAGGCCAACCGCUGGUGGCAACCUUGGAAAACCCCUCGCUCUUCCACGUGCUGAUGCGCAUCGCAGGUUUGCUUCGCGAGUAUGGGUUUUCCAGCCCGGACGGUAUGUCCUUUGGCAGGGACGUGGACCUAAGCAUGUCGUUUUACACGGAUCAGUUUGGGCUUGCAGACGUGAAGCACAGUCCGGAAAAGACGGUUCAGAGCCUCAUGAUUGGCGAGCAGUUGCGAUUCUGGGAGCUCUACAAUGAGGCCUUUGUGCACGCUGUCGGCAAGUGGGAGGCCAUCACGGAACUUAGAUCGCCCAUUUUUACUCAGCUCACGCGGACAACCAGGGAUCGUCUUGAGCGCUCACACUUCGACCUGGAAAGUCGCAGGCAUAACUUCUGCACUCGGCUGGACGACAUGGCCUUCCCUGGUAUUUUCGCUGGCAUUGCCAACUCCACAUCGAACCCUGAUUUCAGGCACGUUCGGUUCAAGAAUUGGAAAAACAGCUUCAUCAGCAUGCGCAGUUUCGUUCUCAAGUACUACAAGAACCAGUUUGGAAGCUGGCCGCCCAAGGCUCGCAGCAAGAAGAACCCCUUUACCGAGAGUGGCUUGAACCGUCAGGUGCUCAAGACUCUUUACUCGGAUCUCUGUGCGCUCUACGACCUCCUGGUUGACCGCGAGCAGAUGACGACGCGUAUGUUCAACCAGGCAACGCACGAUGAGCCUGUCGACCCAGCACAUGCCGAGAUUGUGGCGCUUCGCAAACUAUUGGAGGAAUAUGACAACUCGUCGCCACCCGUUCUACCACCUAUACCAUUUGAUGUUCCCAAGAUGCCGACCAUGAAGACAAUCUUGGAGACGUACGAUCAGCUUUCGGCAAAAGAGCAGGCCGCUGUCGACAGGCGCGUCAAGAGCCACGAGCUUAUACUGGUCAUGCGGCGAUCGUAUAACUUCGAUACUGACAGCCUGCGCCACUCCUUCCUUGAUGCCUUCAAGCAGUACGACUUGGCCGAGGCCAAGGGCAAGAACUCAUCCGAGCUCUCGGACUUCAGGUUUGGCUGCUGGAUUUUCCUCUACGUCGUCAUCCAAGCACUUCCCAUGCUUGCAGUGGACGCCCCAGGGGUACGCUUCACUGAGGGUGUAGAGUACUUCCUGUGUAUGCCACCCAAGGGUGAUCCGCCAUGGAUGGAGGACGGUGCCAGUGUUCGCAAGAUGUGGUUCAAACUUGUGGACCAGGACAAGCAGGUCGAGUUGUCGGCGGAUGCUGUACUGUUCUCGGUCGAGGCGACAUACGAUCGAUCUCACUGCUGGCAGGCCGCCAAGAGGUGGGCCGAGGCUGCAGCGGCCAUGGACGAUGCCGAAGGGCCGGGCCAAGGAUCUUUGGAUCAGUCGCAGCAGAUGAUGCCCCCUCUGAUGUCGCCGCUCGAGCCGCCUCGUCCCGGCUUCUCGGGCAUGGACGCCGACGGGUCCGGCUCGCCCACCAUGGGCACAGGCACGCCCGGGUCAGCGUCUCCGACCGCGAGCGGUAUGGGCUCGCCCAUGCUCCGACCUCGCCGGCAGUCUCCAGCCGGUGCGUCGACCCGCAACCGCGUGUCGGGCCACUGGCGGUCGAGCAUUGCCUUUGGCCUCGAGCCCGUCGACAUGGAUCCGGCCGCUGGACCCCCAGGCGUAACCGGAAGCCCGUACAGCGGCAGCAAUAGGUCGUUGCUCAACCUCAACUCUCCCGCCCCAGCCGCCCCGGGAGAGAUGGAUUCACCGUCGGCCCCCUUUGCGCAAUCGGCUCGUACACACAUGGGCCGCAGCUACUCUGCCGGCAACCUGCAGGUCGUGGGCAACAACGGCCCGCCGCCCAGUCAUGCCAAGGAUCACUCUCGGCAUGGCAGCACUGCGGCCGGCGGCGAUACGGGCAUGUCUUUCGAUGACAUCCUCAAGGGUAUGGAGGAUACCAAGAUCAAGAAGAAGAAGAGCUGGCUUCCUGGGACGUGA